AUGCGUAUAUUGGACGUGGAUAUUUACCUCGUUGUCUACGCAGUGGACGAGGAAUCCACAUUUAAACUGGCCAAGUCAAUUUUCAAACAAUUGCAAGAUAUUAAACUACAACACAACAAACUCAGACUCUUCUACUUAGUCGGAAAUAAAACGGAUCUCGUGAGACGUCGUCAGGUGACUACCCAAAGAGGGCGUAAAUUUGCAGCUGCAAACGGAGCGAUUUUCUUUGAAGUUUCAGCAGCAAUCAAUCAUCUUGUUGACGAAUUGCUGGUGGAUAUGGUGGUGCAAUGGCGUAAAGAAGUAGCCAAAUUUGAGUUUAGUCGACUUGGAAUACCAGUUCACAAUUUCUCAGGCACAGGCGAUUCGAGUGAUGGACCAUCAGAUUGUCGUGGACGUCAGAGUUGGACCUCAACGCUCAGUAAUCCUCGAAACAUGCUUCAACGCAUAUUCAAACAACAAUUCACCACAAAAUCAUGUAUUGACUUACAAAAGCACUGA